AUGGCUGAAGCUGUAGCCUUCGGCGCCAGUGUUGUGGCCUUCAUCCAACUAACCGACCGCGUCAUCAGUCUCUGCAAGCGGUGCAUAGAUGCAGCAAGGGAAGGUGGUCCAGCCGAACUUCGCUCUAUCUUUAUCGAAACGACGGCUCUCAAGUCCAUCCUUGAGAACCUACAGUUCCUACAUGGAGCCGACAGCCAGUUUCCCCAGGAUAUCCAAGCGCAGACUGCCCCGCCUAUGCAAGGUUGCCAAUCAGCAAUCCAGAUGCUAGAGAAUGAGCUGGCGAAAUUGUCUAUCUCGCCUGAUGGGCUGACAUCUCCGAACGCGCCCUCUAAACGAGAGAUAAAACACCAGGUCCUCAAGUGGUUGGAACGGACAAACCCCUCUCCUCUACAUAACCAGUCUCGUCAACUCCAUGAGGAUCACACGGGUCAAUGGAUGUUGCGAAACCAGGAGUGGCAGAAGUUCCGAGAAGGACAUUCACGCUCUUUAUGGAUUCAUGGUAUCCCUGGUGCUGGGAAAACCAUUCUCUCAUCAUACCUGAUUGAGCAGCUACAGCAACAACAACCCUUGGGCGUCUCUCGAUAUGGGUGUACCUACUACUAUUGCUAUUUUGGCCACAACCAAGAUGAAACCGAGCCACUCCUUAGAUGGAUCAUCGUUCAACUCUGUCGGCAAGCAAGCAAUUUCUUGCCUCAGGGGCUGGCCCUUGCGCAUGAAAGGAGCCUCGAGCCAACUUGCGAGCAGCUGAUGGAUUACAUUGCCAAAGUUCUCGAUCAGUUCGACGUCGCAUUUCUAGCAAUCGACGCAGUGGAUGAGAGUAAGCCGGUGGAGAAACUCUUAUCUGUUCUGGAAAUCCUCGGCACCGACCUCCGAUACGAAAAACUGAAACUGCUCAUCACGAGUCGCAAAUACGUCGAGAUCGAGUGUUGUAUGGCAAAGUUCUCUGUGCCUGUGUCCAUGUCGGACUCAGAAGUAGAAGAGGACAUCCGCCUAUACGUAAAUUCUACCCUCAAAGCAGAUUCCAAGUUUCGAUGGCAUACCCAGUCCCUACGCACCGAAGUCGAAAAAGCGCUGGCCAAAGGAGCUAAAGGAAUGUUCCGUUGGGCUGUCUGCCAGAUUGACAUACUCCGGAGGCUUAGACACCCUUCAGACAUCAGAAGAGCUUUAGCGGCGCUGCCGGAAACACUCGAUGAGACUUAUGAACGAAUUCUAUCAUCGAUCCCGGGAAGGGAUCGAGACUUCGUCCGGGAAGUACUCGAGACUCUCGCUGUGCAAAGCGGCUACUCAGACGUGAGCCACAUUCGCGAAAUCUGCGGAUGUCUUGUGCGAAUCAUCAAUCAUGACGACAAUUUACCCGAUAAUGGCCAUGUUUCCAAUGAUGACCAGGUUUCUGAGGGUCAACUUGAUUCCGAAAGUAACAACAGCGCAAAGAGCAAGAACGCCUCUCCUGGCACCGCGACAUACGAGUCAGCCAGAGAUGUGAGCAACAACACAGAGGACAAGGUCCUUUUGGCACAUUACACCGUGAAAGAAUAUCUAUACUCAGAUCGAAUAAUACACAGUGAAGUGCCAGGGGUAUCGCUAUUCGCUGUUUCGGCGGAGCCUGCGGUUAGAAAAUGGAUAAGGACAAUUCUCGAAGUCAACAAGGCCUCCAAGUCUGGGUUGGAUAUCUUGCCCAUUGGUGUCCUUCAAAAUUACUGCCUCAGGGCCACCGAAAUAGUUUUGGGCACGUCAGAGGAUCUACUUCUGAAGUAUAGCGAUUUGGGUGAUCUCGCCGAAGAGCUGUACAACCCCUAUAUAGGCCAGCGCCCUGCGGUAGGUGCCGGUGCCGAGCCCAAGUCCGUCGCCCCAUAUAGCGAGAGUACCGCCGCUUUGUACGUUUUGGACGGUUAUCUCUACCUGGGGCUUGGAGCAAUGGCAGAACGGAAAAUGGAGAGUAUCAAAGCCGAGACGUUGGUAUCUACCCGGCUGGACAGAAUCGAUAUCGAUGAAAUUUCCGGAUGUUGGAUGGAGAGGCUGGAGGGAUCCCUAUUCUUCAAUAUGGGCACACCGCGAGAAAUGCGCCUUUUCGACCCUCAUGUUACGGACCUGCUGUUUACGAAACUUAUGCUCGAAGUUGACAGGGAGAUCCUGAUUGCGGCCUUCACGGCUAAUCACCUGAAUCUCUGUCCUCAUCACGACAUUAGAGACAUGCCAUGUUAUAUCCUGCAGGCCCUGGCGAUACCAAGGACUACCGUCCCAUCGGCAUGCUGGAUGACGCCAAUCCAACUCGCUGCCUACGCCCACGAUUAUUCCGCAGCGAAGAUGUUGUUAGAAGCCGGUGCGAACCCGAACGCUCUUGGCAGGCUAGGCAGCUUCAGAUCAGCAGAUGUCGAUCCCGAAUUGGGGGACGAGCUGGUAUUCACCAGCCCCCUGCGUAUCAUGAGGACCAGAAGAGCAUCCAUUGAGAAGGAUAAUGGUGUAGAGAUGGAGGAACUGCUGAUCAGCUACGGAGCACAAGACUUUGAGUCGAUGUACGAUUUACGAUUUAUUUUAACCAAUUAG